UUGUGUGUGUGUGGUUGGUCUGCUGAAAGAGGAGACGCAAGGAAGCGGCGUUAUAUAAUUCCGUACGGCCAGGAAAGGUACGACAUAUAAGAGGAAUUUUUUGUUUUCGCUUUUAUUUUAUUUAUUUAUUUUUUCCAUUCAUUACUUCAUUCGCCACGAGAGCGGAUGAUAAUAAUUCUAAUAACGGUAAAGACUAAUGACAGGAACGGAAGAGAAAGAGAUAAUCAGGAGUAAGAAAGGGGAGAAGAAGAAAAAAACGAGAAGACGAUAUUGGUAAGAGAGCGAGACGUUUAGCAUUGGAAUGGAGAGGAGGGAUUGAAUGAAGAAAAUGGAAGAGAAAUGAGAAAAAAAGUAGAGACGAUAUUUGCUGCACGAGGAAAAAGAAAAAAUUAAUAGAUAGAAAGAUAGACAUAUAAAGAAAGAAGUCUAAAGACUGGUACCUACACACAGACACAACCUUCCAGACUGAGGAAUUAUGAAGAGUUUGUCCCCGUUUUAUUAUAAACUUCUUCCAGACUCUUCUUCAACGUUAGUUUCUUACGCUUUGAUGUACACACGAGCCGUGGAUACAGCAUUAUUUAAAGACCACUUUUCAGGCAACUACCGGCAAUGGGCUUGCCGGCUUUUACUCUAAACCAGUGACAGAUAUAUAAACUAUCUAUCAAGUUGGACACAAUUAAAUUCUGUUCUGGAGUUAGAAUUCUAUUUGUCAAAAGAGAUUGCCUUUGAUGGUGAAAAUGCAAGUGUACAUUAACUAGACAACAGUACAUUUUCAUGCUUUUGCUCUGUAACCUAUUUCCUUCAUUGUAUCAAAUGAAUGAUGAGCAGAGGUGAAAGUUUAUACAGAAGGAGAUUUAAGCCUGUUGAAAAGAAAAACAAAAAGAAAACUAAGACAUUUUACAACUGAUCAACAGAGAUGCCAGAAAAAAGGUUCCUGUACAACUAACUCUCCCCAAAACAUCUCCGUACAGACAUUUUCCCCACUUAUAACUUUUCCCAAUAAUCUGUGGAGAUGACAUUAGCAGUUACUUCAGUAAACUCCAGUUUGAUCGGUGAUGGAGCAAGCGAGGGCUUCAGUGAUAUAGCAAUUAUGAGCCACUUGCCUUUACAAUGAACUUUUCAGAAGCAAUGACGUACAGACUUAGAAAAGCUACUUUUGUGCACAUCACCUGCACGAACCAAAAUCCCUAUGUUUGAUCCACUGUAGAUAUGCAAUAGACAAGAGAUUUGCUGAGUUUUGCCUGCCACUUGAUGAGCAUGGAAGAUGGAAAGUACCGAAGGAGAAGAAAAGUAGACACAACCAGAAGAUUGCUUCUAAUUUUAAUGUGUUGUUAUUCUACCAUGGGUCAACAAGUGUACCGAUGGAAAACAGGUGAAUGGAGCCCAUGUGAACAUCGUUGGUGUGGCGAAAAUGGAACAAAAACGCGGACUUUGAAAUGUGUUGGUGUUUACGGAGAAACAGUGGAUAUAGCAAGAUGCGAUAACAUCCACAGACCGGCAACACAGGAAAACUGUUAUAAACCUUGUAGUCAUCACAAAAAUAAUUUCAACUGGGAACUUAGUCCAUGGGGGAAAUGUAAACCAUUUUUGCCAACAUUAGUCUGUAAAAGGCAGGUGGGUCUUCAGACUCGAACUGUCAAAUGUUUCUCAGUGAAAGACAAAAAAGUAAGGGAUGAUGAUGUGUGUAGUUACUUCCUUAGAAAACCCAAAACGGAAAGAGAUUGUCAGGUCUAUUGCCCGCAGGACUGUAUAGUUAGUGAAUUUUCAAACUGGAGUUCUUGUGAUUCUUGUACUUUCAUCAAUAAAACAAGAACGCGAACUGUGGUGGUUCCUCCUUUUGCUGGUGGUAAACCUUGUCCUGUUCUUUCUGAGAUGAGACCUUGUCCAAAAUGCAUCGAUUCUUUUACAUUUAAAAUUGGACCAUGGAGAAAAUGUAUGGAAAUUCACACUAAAAAUUCAGUUCAUAAACAAAGAUUUCAUCAUAACAUUGGAUACCAGGAAAGGGAUAUAAGUUGUCUUGGGCGACAUGGAAGACUUGUUCCUCUAAAAGAUUGCUGGGAGACAGGAAUAGUUCAUGCUGAUUACCAAAGUUGUGUAUUACCUCAAGACUGUAUAGUUUCAGAAUGGAUGGAAUGGAAAGCUUACAGCGAUGGUUGUCAAACUAUCGAUGGAGUGAUAUACAAAUCGCAUGUUAUAAGAAAACGGAAAAUUUUACAAAUGCCUCUUGGUGAUGGAGCUAAGUGUCCAAAUCUCGAAGAGAUUCAAGAAAAUAAUACGGCAAUCAGAAGGCUCAAACGCUGCCCUAUCUAUCAUUGGAUUGUAUCCGGAUAUGGUUUAUGUAAACCUUCCUCUGUAACAACAAACUGUGGUCCUGGUCUGCAACAGCGCACAGUCAUAUGUGUAGAGGAAACUGAUGAUAAUAAGCAAGUUCCAGUAGCAGAAAGUAAUUGCAAAGAGUCAAAGCCGUCAUUAUCAAAAGUCUGCCAUAUCGAAUGCCGAGCACGAUGCUUGGCAUCCGAAUGGAGUGCUUGGAGUAAAUGUAAAUCUAUUUCUUGCAUUGGAGAUCAGCUUCAUCGCAAAAAGCGACAACCUUACUCAGGUUAUAGAGAAAGAACACUUAAAAGUAUAUCCACACCGAACGGAGGAAAUGCCAAGUGUCCCACUGUUACAGAAACUCAACCCUGUGAUCCAGGUCCCUGCUAUUCUUGGAAUCUUACUUCAUCUAAUAUUUGUUCUCUUGACAGUUCUGAAAGACUGUGUGGACAGGGAACAAGACACAAUAAACUUUUGUGUACUGAUGUGCAUGGCGUUCCAAAAGACGAAAGCCUUUGUGACAGCUAUAGUCAGCCAAGUGAUAAAGAAAGUUGUCGGAUUCCCUGUCCAAUGGAUUGUGUUUUAUCUGAGUGGAGCUCAUGGACUGAAUGCCCUGACGAAUGUGACAAGAAAGCUCAAGCAACUAACAGAGUUCGAAGACGGAUGAUUCUAGCCUUCCCAGGGGCAUCUGGUCCAGCUUGCCCACAUGCUUCAUCAUUGACAGAAAGCAGUCCAUGUCCAUCAAGGCUUGAGUGUAGAACAUUUUCAUGGGUAGCAAUGGCUUGGAACCAAUGUAUACUUGGACAAAGUGUCACCUGUGGAACAGGACAGCAACGUCGUGAAGUCAAGUGCAAGAGUGAAGCACGUGACGUUGAUGACAGCUGGUGUGUUAGAAAUUUAAAGCCUAAUGAAGUGCAAACUUGCCAGUUACCAUGCCCACGAGACUGUGAAGUAACUGAUUAUUCUCACUGGUCACCUUGCAGUGCUACUUGUCAAGAAGCAAGACAAGCAACUCCAACUCAGUCUCGGAAGAAAUAUAUCCUACAACCAGCGGAUGAAGGAGGAAAACCAUGUCCAAUGAAGCUGGUGGAUACGAAACAUUGCACUGAUUUACCAUGGUGUGAUGAGUAUCUUUGGGAGGUCACUCCGUGGAGUGCCUGUGUGUUGCCGCCACGAGUGCCUUAUUGUGGACAAGGAUUACGAGGAAGAAAUGUUACUUGCAAAGAUCAGCGUAACAGUAGUUACCCCCCUGAUGUCUGUUUGGAACGAGUCGGGCCCAUGCCGAAUGUAGCAGAACAAUGUUUUGUACCUUGUGAUGAAAACUGCUUCCUAACUGAAUGGACUAAGUUUGGCCCAUGUAUUAACGGUUGCAAUGGCUAUACAAUCAGAAUUCGUGAGUUAACUAGUAAAAGCAAGUAUAAUUCAGAAUGCAAGAACCGUGAGAGAUAUCCUCGCUAUCAGAGAAGGCACUGUCAAUGUGAUCCAUUUCAGCCAGUAGUUAUUGGUAAUCUCUCAGACUGCAUAAUCGAAGAACCAAUAAGAGCCACCCCAGUAGAUAAAAUUGACACAUCACAUCUUUUCUCUCCAUUUUCUCAUCAAGGCCCAGAGAUGCAAUCAACAACUGAUGAAGAAUCUUUGGAACAAUCAGACUGUGGAGAGGGAAAAGCUUAUAAAGCAUUACUAUGUCUCAACAGUAAUAACAUUUUGAAAGGAACUUCCCAGUGUUCCCAUGCAGGUCCACAAAAUCCAUGCUGUACAUAUCAGUAUAAAUUCGAAUCCUGUUCUGUUUCUUGCCCAGUAGAUUGUCUGAUGUCACAAUGGAGUUCUUGGUCUAUGUGUAAUGCUUCAUGUGGUUAUGGCUUCCGUGAAAGGUACAGAACCGUUGAGCAGAGCCCUCUAUUCGGUGGAAGGCCAUGUCCAAAAUUAGGCAGUAGGAAUAUAGAAAGUUUUCGGGCAGAAAUACAAACCAAACUUUGCAAAACUGAUUGUAAGGAAUAUGUAUGGAGACAUGAUGGAUGGUCUUCUUGUGUGUAUCGAUCCCCAACAACUUGUGGAAGGGGCAUACAAACACGUCAUGUAAUAUGUGUUGAAAAGGAUGAUUUGUCUCGGCACACAUCACUGCAAGACUCUUACUGUGAUGAGAUUCCAAAACCUGCUGAACAGCGUAUUUGCAGUACUCCAUGUAUUAGGGAAUGUGUUGUGAGUGAAUGGACUGAGUGGACAAAAUGUGAUGUACCCUGCAAUAUGCAACAAACUCAAUGGAGAACACGAAAAGUUUUACGAGAACCAGAUAAAUAUAGGCGAGACCAUUACCCUUGCCCAUCUCUCCGAGAAGAACUUUAUUGCAUUAAAGGCAAAAACUGCAGGGAAUUUAUUUGGAAAGUUUCUGAAUGGACAUCCUGUAUGGUCAAAGAUGGAGAAGAACCUUGUGGCUUUGGCAAAAAGGAGCGCUUUGUUAUGUGUACUGAUUAUUAUGGAAAAUUACAGAGGAGUCACUACUGCUAUGAAGUCGCAGGAAAACCAAAAUUUAAGUUACAAGAAUUUUGUGAAAUUCCUUGUGAUGAGAACUGUUUACUUUCAACUUGGUCAUCUUGGGGCCCUUGUAGCAAAUCUUGUGGACUGGGUACAUCACAGCGACAAAGGUACGUUCUAAAGAAGGCAGUUGGGUAUGGCAGGCCAUGUUCCAGUCAGCUUACUCAAAGAAAGCCUUGUGUAUUACGUGGUUGUUUUAGAUGGGAUGUAACAGAAUGGACCGAAUGCUUUACUGAGAAAGGAGUUUGUGGACAUGGGGUGCAAAUAAGGAAUAUUACAUGUACAGGAGAAGGGAAAACACAAGUUGACGAUUCAUUUUGUAAAGCCAACCGGAGUAUAGCUGCAAUUAAGACUAAAAGAUCAUGCUAUAUCGGAUGCCCUGGAGAGUGUGUUCUAACGGAAUGGAGUGAAUGGAGUGCAUGUUACUUAAACUGUCGGGACAAAGGAGUUACAGAUCAUGAGCGAGGAAUCCAGAGUCGAUCGCGAGCAAUUCUGGCUUAUCCUGCUGCAAGAUCCAAACUCUGUCCUCCAAAACUUUAUGAGAGUCGCCCAUGCCAUGCAAAGAAAUGUUUUACUUUCCAGUGGAAAUAUAGUAAAUGGAAUAAAAACAAAAGACAUGUAUGGUGUGAAAGAUCUGAUUCUCUAAAUGUUACAGGUGCUUGUGAUGAAAAUACUUAUCCUGGUGACACGCUUAUCUGUGAUCCGCCUUGUCCUGACAAUGGCUCAGUGUGUUCUGAUGUAAAUGUAUGUCAGUGUCUACCUUCCUUUGAGCCAAUCUAUCGUGAUAAUAUCCUAAUUGGCUGUGGCCCAAUAUCAGUUACUAACACACAAACACAGAUCACAACAAAAGAAAAUAAUCCCAGUAAUGCAUACAAGAGAGGAAGUAUGUCAAUUUGGAUGUACGCAGUGAUUGGUGGAGGUACUCUGGCUGUUGCAGGACUGACAUACUUCUUCUAUGCUAUAUGUGGAUUAUUUCGAAAAGGCCCACGUGACAGAGACAGUCGAUCGCAUGGUCAGGAUACAACUUCACAACAUCUUUCAAUUGAUGAACAAGCAGUUCAAUGCAAUCAUGUCCAGGCAUUUGUUGAGGCUCAGCAAGAAAACAAUGAAAAUACUGCAGUUGAACAUAAGACUUGCACUGCCAGCUCACCCAACCUUCAAAGGGAUAAUAAUAUCCAUGGCAACAAGUAUGUAUGAUACACUUGCCAUUGAUGGAGCAGAGUAUUGAUGCAGAUGUGUCUGAAAAGAGUCUGACAAAAUGUUGGAUUUUACCAGUGACAGAAGUGACAACUCCAAUAUCCCAAAAUAUAUUGAUUGGCAAGAAGAUUUCAAGAACGUUCUGCCUCUGCUGCAGUCUGAGUAUAUUCAGUAACAUUUUCGCUGACCAGCCAAUCUGAAAUUACUAUAUCUCAACAAUUACUGGAUAUGUUUUGAGGACAACUUCCAACAACAAUCAAGAAUGGAGGUUGCCAAAGGUCGAAGCUCACCAAAUCAAAGUCGAAAUCAAGUAGAAAUUUGAGCUUAUCAUCACAUAAUUGUCUCAGAGUCUAUUCUGAUGUUGAUGUAGAAUUUCUCACAGCAUGCAUGGCUAUUCAUGAUGCAAACCACUCCAACAUGUUUAAACAUGUUGUAACCAUUAUUUAUGUUCAUGUUGUAACCAUUAUGUUCAUAGAAUUCUUGUUCAGAAUUUUGUUAUUGUCUUGGAGAGAGUUAGAGAGAGAAGUUAUUGCUUUCAAAUGGGAUUGCAUGCCAUGUGCUAAAAGGGAAUGCAGAGCAAGAGGAAAAAAUUAAAUUUUUCUUUUUGGGUUUUUUAAAAUUGGGAAGCUAUUUUUGUUGGUCAAGAAAUGAAAAUACAAGCUAUAUGUAUGAGUGACUGUGUAUAAAUACAUGAGUAUAAAUAUGUAUAUAUAUAUAUAUAUA